AUAACGGGAGGCCAAGUGCGACAGCAAUCUGUUCUGUUAGUGCUGCACAGCCAACGGUGCUCUCUCAUUUUUGGACUAUUUCAACUGGCACGACUCCUAUGUGAAAAUUGACGUGGUUUACAAAGGAGAAACAGUGGCGAGGAAAAUUGGGUGUAAAGGCUGGAGACAUAAGAGCACGGUGUUUAAAGACUCGACCGAGGAGUGUGUACUGUGCCGUAACGUUUUUCUGUGAAGAAGUGGUACCCAAACCUUCAGUGAAGGCAGCAGAUAUGGAAUAGACUCUACCACAGGAAGUAACACAGCAGCGAGAGGAUGAAUAGAUUCCUGUAGGACCUACAUGAGAAAAAUACUGUUGCUGCUAACCUUUUAUGAAAAAGAUCUCUUACUCUGAUGUGUUAUAAAGAAAAGAUCCAGCAAAGGGUUUCUGAUGAUUUUAUGUGACAUUGGCAAAGGCAUUUACAAUCUAAUUGCAAUAUUUGAUGUGCCAAGUAAAUCCAUGUACCAGCUGUGAAGAAAUGUAGAUUAUGUACUAUAGUCUAAGAGAAUACAGUUAACAUGAGGAAAAAAAAGAUGUGAUGCUUGACAGAUGAAUCGAUGCAUUCAAGCUGAGAGAAAGCUACUGCUGAUUUUCUACGAUACAAAAGAAUAUCUAACACUUGUGCUAUGUGAAGCUAAACAGGCUGACAGCUAACCGGCUUUUCUUGUAUUUGCUUCUUAUAUUACUCUUCUGGAAGCUUAAAAUGAGCAUACCUUGUAUUCCAAAUGUAGCAUACAGAAGUAACAUGGAAGGCAACCAGAAUAAAGUGAAAAACAACAAUGAACAGCAUGGGAUACAAAACGAAGGGGACGCCAAUGCUAAUGAAGUGUUGCCUGUGUUACACGCCCCUGAAGCAGUGGAUGAGACAUUUAACGUAACAGCUGAGGAAACAGAUUCACUUUUUGCAGGGUCUGAUAACGUCACACAUUUGCAUAGUGGGAAUGGUGGCAUACUGAAGAAUGACAGGGACUCUUAUUCUGGCAGCAUUACUAUGAAAGAAAGUUUAUGCCUAAAAGAUCAGUAUCCCAGCAAGUAUGUUGUGGCUGAUGUUGAAAACAGCACAUUGCAGGCUCUUCUGACAAGUGGAGGUCUUCACAGCCUGGGAGAGAAUACUUCGGAAUGCCUUGCAAGAACUGAUGAAACACCAUCAGCUGUGAAUUUUAAAGGGGCCACUGCAGAAAAAAUGGAAGGUAUAGAUGAGACAUGCCCUACCUCAGAGAUUAAAUUCUGUGAUAGUAUUCCUUUGGAGAAAACAAAUGACCUUUCUUCAGGAGCAAUAAGAGGAGAUUCUGAGCCAUUGCUUGACAAGGAUUUAUUAGAUAAUAGUUUUUCUGCUUCUUCAAAUUCUUUUGAUAAAUGUGACAACCCUGAAGCAGCAGAGAAGAUGUUGGUGGAUCAGUUUCUUGCAGUAUCUUUUCAUCCACUUGACGUUUCACCAGAGAACACGAUUGUAUGUCAGACUAACUUAUCUACCUCAGAGUUGCCCAUGGAAAGUGUAAAUCCUGAGCUGCAAAUGAACCAUGUUGCAUUACAAAAAUUUUGCAGUGAAAAUACCCUCAGUUCUUUCAUAGAUGCUUGUGAUCAGAGUUCCAGAGGGGUAUCCCAGGAAGCAUGCAGCAAAACAGUAGCACAAAUUAAUGGUGUGGGCAGCAAUUCAGAACUAAAUGCACAAUCCAUACUAUCAGGCAGUGGUGACCAUCAUACAGAUGAAGUGCAGCUGGAUUUAGGAUACCAGAUAAGAGGAAAUGACACUAUAAUUACAGGGGUGAGUCGCUCAAAGAAAGGACUGUCACCAAACCAGUGUGAAGAAAAAGUUAUUCAGUCAUUAGUUCAAGCAGAGCUUUCUGCUGGAUGCAGAUCAGAUGGACAUUUGAGCACAAAUGUUAACAAAGCACAUAGCCUGCUGAAUGGAGACAGUUCAUUAGAACCAAACAAAAAGCAAAUGUGUGUUAAAGCGAGAAUAGACAGUGAUGCCUUUAGAACUAAGCAAGAAAGUCCUUUUCAUGAAGGCAUGGAGUAUUAUUAUAGCAGUGAACACUGUAAUGUAGAUAACAGGAAUCUAACAUCUGAACUUAAUAACAAUCCUGUGGAAACACUACAGCCCGAGUUGAGUAAGUCAAUCUUGGUCAAAAGAGCCCUCGAAAGCAAGAGCCCUGAAGCUGAAAGCCAGAAAAAGAUAUGUGGCGAGUUUGGUAGCAUGCGUGCAGUGGAUGAAAGUUCUCAGAGCUUAUCUAUGAAGGAGAGUCUGCAGUAUGCGGCUGAGAAUGCUUUGCAGAGCGUAGUGCACCUGAAGCAUGGCAGACAUGCACCUUUUGGAAAGAAACUGUUUAUAGAUGAUGCUUUAGAAAACUUUAAAACUUCUGUGAAUAUUGGUGCUGCACUUUGUGUUACAAAUCCUUUGUGCCCUCUGCCAAGUGAGAACAUUAACAAUCAAGAGACAGACACAAACAGUAAUGUAAAUCAUUCAGUAUUUGUAGGUGACAGAUUGUCACCCAUGACGUGCCUACCUCCUUUUGAAAGCACACAGUUGGCUGAUGUAUCAUCUACUGCUGCCAACAAGGUGGUGUAUAGCAGUGGAAUUCCAAAACCAUUACAGCAACAUUCCAGUACAGCACUGGAGAACAACAAUGAAACUGGCACUUAUGAUGAAAAGUCCAGGGAAAAUAUUGAAGAGAGGCUUGUGCCUAAGCCCAAACCCGUGAGGCCUAAGAUUAUAACCUAUGUUAGGCGAAGUCCUCAGGUAAUAACUCAGCUAAACACCAUGUCAGAUUCAACUGGACUGGCUCUCAGACCCCCCAUUUGCAGCUUGUCACUGGCCAAAGACCAAAGGAUAUCCAUCAGUGAUAUUAAACCCAUCACACCAGGAAGUGUCUGUUCAGUUUCUUGUGAAAAAAAUAAGUUGGAAUUGCAGAAACCGAGGAUAUACACUUCAGGAUUAAUGGUGUCUGGGAUCAAGCCACCUGGUCAUCCAAUUUCUCAGGCGGGGGAAAAGCUGUUAACAGAGACUGCAUAUGAGGCCAGCACUAUUGCUAGUAAGCUGCCACAAAAUUCUCAGUAUGGAGUGCCUACUACUAUUUUUCGGCCAACUAUGAUACUUAGACCUCAGCUGGGAAUGGGAGCUAUGUCCAGGUUACCAGCUGCAAAAAACAGAAUUCUCGUCCCAGGCCAGAAACUCACAGUAAGCUCAUCUCACUUGCAAGGUCAAGUAGCAAACACCAGUGCCCUGUAUUAUCAAGACACCACAGUGGAACAAAAUAAAGGCUCUGUUUUGAAUGCUGCAAGAUCAAACCUUCCCAAGCCAUGUCCAUCUGGCCUCCGACCGCCUGGUUACUCACGCUUAUCAGUGGCAAAGUUAGCAGCCUUUGGGUUUGUGCGUAGCUCAAGUGUGUCUUCUGUAUCAAGUAACCAGUCAAAUGAGAGUGUUCACAGUGAUCCAAGCAAAACAACUAACCGUGUAAGUGCUGUAAAACAAGAGCCAUCCAGUCCCAAGACUGUCGCAUCGUCGUCUUCUGAUAUUCCUAAGGCUGUCCUCAAGACUGUGCAUCAGAACACAGGCACAGGAGGGCCUCGCAGAAGUCUUCUUCCAGCACCAAAGGUUGCAUCCAUUCCAUCAGUUGGCCUAAAGAAGGAAGUUCCAAAGGACUCUGAUGCUAGCAGACCUGUUGUGUCGUCACCCAAAAGAAUGGUUAUGUCGGCAGUCAAGCUUCAUUCUCCAGGACAUGCAAAGCUAAAGUCGGGUAUUAUAAGGAAUGGAUUUUCCACAAAAGGUGAGCUUCCAUCCCGAGAGACUGAACGGCAGAUUGUUCAGAAGCUGAAGGACAAAUGUGAAGAACAAGCCAGGCAGCUUCAAGGUGUCAGAGAAGAACUAAAGAGAGCGAGCCUUGUACUAGAGGCAUUUGCUGUGACAACACAACAUUUUGUCCAGAAGAAUGAAAGUGCCCUUGAGAAAGAAAAAGAGCUCACGGCAGAGCUUGCCAAUAUCAGGGAUGAAGUUGCCUUUAACACAGCGAGGUGUGAGAAAUUACAAAAGGAGAAAGAGGAGCUGGAAAGAAGAUUUGAGACUGAAGUAAGAAGGCUUCACCAACAGCAACAUGAAGAGCUUCUGGCUCUUGAGGAAAAGUUAAAACUCCGUUAUUCAGAGGAAGUCGAACGCUUGCGGGAAGAACAUGAGCUACAGCUUGAACGAAUCAGGAUCCAGCAUCUGGAUGAGAUUGAAGAUAUAACAGCAAAGAAUGAAGCUGCAGUGAUAGAAAUGGAAAAUAACCACACAGUAGCAAUUGCAAUACUCCAAGAUGAGCAUGACAGCAAACUUUCAGAGUUAAAAGCUGCUCAUGAACUUGAGAGGCAAGCUUUGGAAGACAACUUUGAGAAGCUACGCCUGUCACUACAGGACCAGGUUGAUACUCUGACAUUCCAGAAUCGGUCUUUGAAGGACAGAGCCAGGCGAUUUGAGCAAGCUCUUCGCAGAAGCACUGAUGAACAAAUUGAGACUGCAUUAGCACCCUAUCAACACUUAGAAGAGGACAUGAAUAGUUUAAAACAAGUGCUGGAAAUGAAGAAUAACCGAAUCCAUGAGCAGGAAAAGAAGAUAAUGGAACUGGAAAAGCUGGCUGAGAAAAAUGUUUUACUUGAAGAAAAAAUUCAAGUUCUUCAACAGCAAAAUGAAGACCUGAAAGCUAGAAUUGAUCAAAGUGUUGCAAUGACUAGGCAACUGUCUGUGGAAAAUGCUGCUCUUCAUGAAAAUGUGGAGAAAGAAUCAGAAGAAAAGAAGAGGUUAAGCAGGACGAAUGAGGAAUUGCUUUGGAGGCUUCAAACAGGAGAGCCUGUAAGCCCUGUUAGACUAUCCCCCUCAUCUUCCAUUGGCCAGGCUUCCAAAGAACCUCUUUCUCCCUCUACGUCUGCUAGUGUACCAAGAUGAUAAUAAUAAGAAAAAUGACAACAAAAUACCAACUUAUUUCAAAAUUUAAUUUCUCAACACAGUUAAUGUUGCCUGGUGUCGAUUCAGUAGAAUAAGAACAAAAUAGAGAACAUUUGCAACAUUUUGUUCCCAUAUUUGCUACAAGCAUGCUACAUACAGUAAAGUUAUAGCUGUGUACUAUAACGUAUGCACCUGAGAUCCAUUAAUACUUAAGUUUUUGUUCAGGAUUAUACAUGAAUAUCUUAUGAAAGGUGACCAGUCUGUUUGAAGUAUGGACCUUUGAUGUUGCUGAAGCCAAAAGUCAUAAGAACUUUUUUCUUUUAUAAACAAGUUGCCAUUUUUGAAUUUUAGAUUUGGUAUAAAUACUUUGUGGCUUCGUGUCCAACUGGAAAACUCUUGAUUUUGAUUUUACAAAUGACUGGACAACAUUAAGUGCUGCUGUAACUGAAUAUAAAGCAGUUUCCUAAAUUGUGCCUCAUCAAGGUAUCCAAAUAAGAUACAUCAACUCUGUACUCCGAGAAACGUUUACCCACGAUGCUGAAUACUUAGAACCAAGCGCCUUUCAGCCUACUGCAGAAGGAGCAAAGCAUUACAGAUACACACUCAGGCAGCUUUAAACCUCAAUUCCUCUGAGGCAAUUAUUUUUCUUUGAAAUGAAUCACUGGAAUGUUCAACUUCAUGAAGUGCUGUAGGAGGAAGUGGGUUUUGCAAUAUUGGCAAGAUACCAUUUUCUUUCACAAUUGUUUCAAACUCACAGAUGUAAGAGAAUGUUACUGAUCUUGUUGUUAAGGAUGUUAAUUCAGGUUGCCUGGACAACUGAUAGAAGGGCAACUGCUUUUUAGUAAACUAUCCUAAAAGCUCUAUCGUCAGUUUGUUUUUCUAAAUUACAAUUAUAUGCUUUCGAAAUCAUAUGCUUUAUACUGAAGACAGACUAUAGCUUGCUACAGAUAUACUGUGCAUAGUGUAAUUUAAUACAUGGUGCUUUUUAUAUUUUACUAUAGUCUAACUGGCCUGUUCCCAAAGUCCAUAGGUAUUUAAAUAUCUUAAAGUCCAUGUAAAUCAGCAUGCACAGAGUAAAUGGAUGUUGUGAUGUUACUACCGUUUAGGCUUACAGUAGAUUUAGAACAUUUAGGAAAUACGAAUUUGUUUAGAAGUCUAUGGCAUAGCAGAGGUAAAUGUGGACGCAUCUGAAAUGUCGUAUGGUUACAUCUAUGGUAACCACUUGAAAUUUCGUGACUCGGAAUGCUGAGUCCUGGAAAGUGGUCAUUAAGUGGCCAAAAAUCUGGACUUACAGUACUGAGUCCGAGAUUACUAUUUUUCAGAAUAUUCCCUUUUGUCAAAGGUACAGUGAUUUUGGAGUUGGUAUAUAUAAAUGGGGGGGGACUUGCCUGUUAACAUCGGGGGUUAAAGAAGAGAGCAAUGUUCAAUAUUCACCAUUCUCCUGCAUUUUUGGUCCUUUUGGGUUGUUUCCAACUUGUCAGAACUCUGUAUUUCAAGUCUUUACAUUUCAAUAGGGAGCCUAUAUCAAUGCUGGCUGUGGAAUAGCGACAGACACUUCUCACCUUUUUCUCUGUGGUGAUAAACAUUAAAUAAAAGGAAGAAGCUUCUUAGCACAGAAAAUAUACUCACUUGUCUUUGUGUGAGAUUACUGCUACAAAAUAUUAUAGCAAGUUAUAUCAAAAAGAUGCUAGAUUCUAGAACUCGGUAAGAAAAGAUCUGUCAUUAUUCUUUAAAACUGAUAUAUAACUGAGUAGCUGGGAAUGAGGGAACCCCUUUCAUAAGAACAGAAGUUUUUUGAUUGUAUUUUUAGUGUUUUGCAAAAAAAUAAAAAAUAAAUAAAUAACCCCCCAAGGGCUACAGCCAAGCUGCUCAGACAACACAUAAAUGUAAAAAGAGAAGCAAGCUUUGAAAUGCAUAGCAAAAUUAUUAAGUUACAUGGACAUCAGACUGUCUGUCCCAGCAUUUAGUGGAACAUGUUCUUAGAACUAGACCCUUAGAGCAUUGAAGGAAAUGAUAUUUUGAUAGCAUGAUUAUUAUAAUACGCAUUUAGCAGCCUUCAUGCUUUGUUUCUUUGUUCACUAUUAAAUCUUCACAUAUGAAAUCUUACUUCAGUUACAUAAUGCUAAAAUGUACAAAUGGCAUUGAGGUUUUUCACGUAUUCACAGCAAUGUAAUUUUAGCAUAUUGGUGCACAGUUUUUAGAACUCAAAAAUUGGAAUGGAAGUCAUCCACCAAUAUAUAUAUACUGUCAGUUAAUUGUACAUCUUCUUUCUGGCACCUUCCUAAUGAAAGCAUGUUGUCCAUUAGGAUGUAUGCUAAGGCUACAGUACAGAAGUCAUUGUGUGGUUUGUAGGCCAAUGCAUACAGAAAGAUGUUUAGGUAAGUGGUUGCUGGUGUGGAUGUUCUAAAGUGCAAAAUAAUAUUUCAGGGAUUCCAUAGUCUAAUCUCAUGCAGUGGCAGUUAUUGUAUUUAUUCUGAGUACACUGUCUUUUUGUUUUUGUUUAUUAUUUUGUUGCACCUUAUCAUGAUGAGACAUUGGUGCACAGUGUCACCUCAGAACAGCUACCAGACUUUCAUUAUGUAAUACAAGUCUGUUAAGAGUUUGCAUCGUUGAUAUAUUCAGCAUGCAUCAAUAACAGCAAAAAAAGGUACUUUUUGUCAUUUUUCAGAAACUAAAUCAGGUAAUACUGUAUCUGCACUGAUUUCUUUUGUGUCCUAUGGACACUGUAAGCACUAUGUAUGAGGUCGGUUAAUGUGUAGUUCAUUAUGUGCUGGCUUAUGUAUUAAAUGUCUUCUAAAGAAUGGGAGUUUGUAUGAUUUAUGUUUUACUGCUUUCUGUACAGACAAUUUUAAUAUAAUGAAAGAUGUGCUUCACUUCAAAUAAAACAAUGGAAGCCUG